UCCCACAACAUCCGGUCUGCCCAGCGCUCCUUCCUGUCAGCCAGCGCCGAGCUCUCCAUGGUGUACAGCUCGUUGCUCCGUUUAUCUUACCUGCAGCGCGGUUAACAAGGCGAGAGAACGAACAUGGCGGAAGCCAUUCAGAAGAAAUUAAAAGCGGAGGUGGAAAAGUAUGGAUUCAUGCAGAAAGAUGUUAGUAAGAGCGUCUCUGCCAGACAGAAGCUGGAGACUCAGAUGGCAGAAAACAACAUAGUGAAGGAGGAGCUGGACCUGCUGGACAGCUCCAACCUCGUCUUUAAGCUUAUCGGGCCCGUGUUGGUGAAACAGGAUUUGGAGGAGGCUAAAGCCACGGUAGCCAAAAGAUUGGAGUACAUCAAUGGAGAAAUUCAAAGAUACGAGACGCUCCUGAAAGACUUGGAGAAGAAAUCCGAACAGCAGCGAGAGGUCCUGGCGACUUUACAGAGGGACUUUCAGAAUGCUCAAGGCCACGCCGGUGGAAAAGUAUGAUCCAGAGAGCCGCUUUUCAAGCAUGCUGAACACCCAGCCCGAGGGACAAUAAUAUAAAGUGAACAUAUUACAUGAUCUGAGUCAAUUCUGCUUGUUUCUCGUCCUUAAUUUACAAUGUUCUUACUGUAACUGUCCUGAUGUUGCUAAUAAACAACUUGUUUUCCAA